AUGGACACAGCACCUGCUACUCCGCGCAGACAGACUGGCUAUGAUGCAGCCCCUACUACAACCCCGCAAACAACCCGAGUAACCACAUCGCAUGUGAUACAGUCGUCGCCGCAUUACCAGACCACCCGUCGGCACUCGCUUUACGGCACAGAAGACCGUGUGAUAAUAGAUCCAGGAUCGCGUCUCUGGAAGGUGGGCUUCAGCGGCGAGGGCAAGCCCAGGGACGUUUUCUACGCGGGAGGAGAGAGUGGCACGUCUGUCUGGACACUGAACAGAGCACCCGGCUUGCUCGAGCGUGAGGAAGAGGAUAGGCUGCUCGAAGCAAGGUUGCAGACAAGUCUACGCUUCGUGUUUCACAACUCACUAAUGACCGACCCGAAGUCGCGCAAGGUAAUUCUGGUGGAGCAUCCUCUACUUCCCUUGCACAUAAAGGAGACUAUUGCAAGAAUAUUGUUCGAUAAUCUGCAGGUCCCCUCUAUAUCAUUCGCGUCAAGCCAUCUGCUCUCAUUGCUUGCUGCUGGGCGGAUAACAGGGCUGGUGCUAGAUUGCGGUCAUCUUGAAUCAACAGCUCUUCCGAUAUUCUCGUCUAGACCGCUAUUUCCACAGCUUCGCACGACACCAUUAGCGGGAAUGCGUUUAUCGUCGCAUUUGCGUGCCCUCCUCCUCCUGUUCGGCACAUAUAUCCCGCCGUUAACCUCGCUUAGCGCGGCUGCAAACAUCCCAGCGGCAACCCGCUCCAUGCGGGUCCCCGAAGAAGUCCUCACCGAUGCAGUCAUAGAAGAAAUCAAGACGCGCUGCUGCUUCGUUGGAGAGCCUCUGGACGUAUCAGACGCGCACAUUAUGUCCCCCUCCGGUGACGAUUCGACAGAAUUAGACCUUCCCCCGAGUGACCCAGCCAUGUCUGAGUCAGAAUUUUCUCGCGUCUCUGCAGAUAUGGAGAGCAACUUCUCGAGUCAACAUGCUGCAUCCUCGGGCUUUUCGGUCGUCUCCCAUUCGCAAGUGCCUAACCCUGACCGCCGUCCCGGAGAGACCCACCUGCAAGCCCUCUCGCGUAUGUACACGCGCCAUUCGACCGCGACGGACCUGCACAUGCGUGUGGAUCCGCCCGCAUCGCAGCAGACCGGCACUGGUCGCGGUACACUCGUUAUCCCCGGUUGGAUCCGGGAGCGUGCCGCAGAAGUGCUCUUCGAGGGUGGCGACGUCGACGAGAGUAGCAUGGCAGAGGUUAUUCUUGACUCGCUCCUCAAGGUCCCGGUGGACCUUCGGAAGGCCCUCGCGUCAACUAUCCUAGUCGUUGGUGGCACGCCCAUGUUACCAGGCUUUAUCCCGAGGCUCCAUGCGGAGCUCGUGCGUGCGAUAUCAACAUCACCUGCUUCGGCUUCUUCCCGACCACCCAGUCGCCGCGAGCGUCCACGGCCCGCGCCAUAUGACCGAUACGCGCCGUUAUGUCCGUUACUGCCGUACUUUACCAUAUUAAACAAUCCGUCCCCACCACCUCCCAUCUCCAGCGUGAGCUCGAACGCUGGAAAAGCGCCUGCAUUCACUCCUGCGACAAUGUCAUGGGUUGGUGGAUCCUUAGCUGGCGCGCUCAAAACCGGAGGGGUGGAGGUCGCACGGGAGAAAUGGGACGAGGCAGACGUACAAUCGGACGAUGAUGCUAUGGAGACUGCACCCGAGACCAUGCGAUCACCAAAAAACAUCCUCCCUGAUUGGACACGAUCACCAUUGCCCGCUGGUGCACCACCUGCGCCGCGCCCCACGCCUGUACAAAUACCGAUAUCGACGGAGACCGAGGUUGGUGCAUAAGAUGUAAUUCUAUUGAUGUCUCCACAUACGGCCUACUCUAAUACACCCUACUUUUGGUGUGACAA